AUGCACUUUGGUGUCUCCAUGACGGGUCAUGGGCGCGUGGUUCAUUUCCCAGCAGAUACCAAGACCUUUGCUCGAACUGUUACCAGGGCUACAGACCUCAGGCCUAGCAUAACGCAGGUGGAGCAGGGCGCCUUUCCCCUCUACGGCCGCACCCUGGAGGCGAACUCUUGGGACGGAGAUGCGCCAUUGGAGCUGAAGAACCAACACAUUGGCGGGAACAGCCCCCCCUUAGAGGAGGGGAUGCGCAUUGCCAACGACACAGCCCUGGGAAAUCCCAGCAGGGUGACGCAGUUCGUUUUCCUUGGCUUCUCCCAGGAUCCCGCCACACGAGUCCUCUUUGGCGUGGGUUUAUCCUUCACCUACACCCUCUCGCUGGCAGGGAACAGCGUCCUCCUUUUGCUCACGGCGCUGGACCCGGCCCUCCACACCCCCAUGUACUUCUUCCUCUGCAACCUCUCCUUCCUGGAGGCCUGCUACACCACCGUCACCAUCCCCAAGAUGCUGGCCAGCGUCCUCGCCGAGGGGGGGACCAUCUCCUUCCUUGCCUGCGCCGCCCAGAUGCAGCUCGUCCUCUCUUUGGGGACGGCGGAGUGCUACCUGCUGGCCGCCAUGGCCUACGACCGCUACCGGGCCAUCUGCUCCCCGCUGCACUACCCCCUCCUCAUGAACCCCAGGGCCUGCGCCACGAUGGCCACUGCCUGCUGGCUCUGCGGCAUCCUGCUGCCCCUGGGCAAAGUCAUCUGGAUCUUCUCCAUGCCCUACUGCGGGCCCAACGGGAUCCACCACUUCUUCUGCGACAUCCACCCCGUGCUCAGGCUGGCCUGCGCCGACACCUCUCGCAGCGAGGUCUUCAUCGUCCUCAUCAGCUUCCUCAUCACCGUCGUCCCCUUCCUGACGGUGCUGGUCUCCUACGCCUGCAUCAUCUGCACCGUCCUGAAGAGCGCGACGGCCGAGGGGAGGCACAAAGCCUUCUCCACCUGCUCCUCCCACCUCACCGUGGUCGUCCUGUUCUAUGGCUCCGCCUGCGCCAUGUACCUGCGGCCCAAGGCCGGCCACGUGGCGGAGGUGGACCGGGUGAUGGCCCUGCUCUACACCGUCGUCACCCCCACCUUAAACCCCCUGAUCUACAGCCUGAGGAACCAGGAGGUGAAGGCAGCUCUGAGGAGACUCGGGGGGAGGAAAAGGUUUCGAGGAGCCAUUUAG